AUGGCUGACAGUGGAAGCAAAGGGGGGCCGGAGGCAAAAUAUGCGAAGAGAAUAGACCCAACUAAAGAAGAUUUGUCCCGGGAACAGUUGCAGUUUAUACGGCAAGUGGAACUUGCACAAUGGAAGAAGAAAACUGAGAAGCUCCGGGGUCGAAACGUCGUGACAGGACUCUUGAUUGGAGCUGUAGUGUUGGGCAUUUAUGGAUACACCUUUUACUCUGUAUCUCAAGAAAGAAUCAUGGAUGAGAUAGAUGAAGAGGCAAAGAACGCCAGAAUACGGGGUUCAAAGACGGGAGCAAACUAAUAACCACUGUCAACUGGACUUUUUGCCAGCAAGUUAUAUCGAACUGGCUGGUACUAUACUGUGUACUGUAAGGGGCAGGCUAAAACCCAUAGCACUGGCACAGCCAGUCCCACGCAAGUACAACGGGGGGCGCCCGAUUUCAUGAAAGAAUCUUGCGGCUAUGAAGGUCAUCGAAAAUUGCCCGUAUUCAAAGUGUGAUUUACAUGUCUUUAAUGUCUGUUAAUAUAGUAAGGAUCAGACUUUCCCCAUUUUCUGCCAUAGCACUUGGUUAUGUUUUUCUACAGUCGACUCUAUGGAAACGCGAGUGAAUCAACGCUCCCAAAAAACACACGGAAUGUCUGCAGAUUAUUUAAACCAUUGAUUGUGCUCAGCAUGGUUUCUGCAGUAGCCUUUAACCCAAACAAGUGUUUGGGAAAAUGUGUAAUCAAAGUAAGAUUAUUUAAAUAGUAAUUGUUUUGAGCUGUAACC